GCGACAAAUUCGCUGCUCUUGUCAUUGAGAAACAAGAUGGCGUCAGCAUCAGAACAUCGGGCUGCUCCAGACAGCGAACUGGACGAAUUAUUAGACAGUGCUCUUGAUGAUUUUGACAAGACCAGUGUGCCCCCGGAGGCCCCUGAGGCCCCCACUGCCUCUGAUGCAGCAACGAGUGAGGAGAAGCCCCCUCUGCUGGAGGACAGUAAGUUCUUUGAGUCUCUCUUUGAUGGUGAGAUGGCCAAUCAAGCACGUGAGGAGUGGGAGAAAGCCAUGGCUGAGCUAGCGCAAGAAGAACCUGAGCUUCUACAACAUUUCCAUAAGCUGUCCGAGGCAGCAGGUAAAGUAGGCACAGAUGUUACUUCACAGCAAGAGUUCACCUCCUGUCUUAAAGAGACCCUGAGUGGUUUGGCGAAAAAUGCAGACAACCUGCAGAGUGCAGGACUGGCUGGAGAUGAUCUAGUAAAGACCUUGGAGAACCUGGGAUUGAAUGAAAAUGGGGAGGGAGGAGGAGAAGAUGGCAAUAUCCUCCCAAUUAUGCAGUCCAUCAUGCAGAACCUUUUGUCUAAAGAAGUCCUAUACCCUUCUCUUAAAGAGAUAACGGAGAAGUACCCAGAAUGGUUGGAGGGCAACAGGCAGUCGAUCCCCCCAGACCAAUUCAUGCGGUAUGAGCAGCAGUACAAGAUAAUGGGAGAGAUAUGCAGCCAGUUUGAGAAAGAUGGAGACAAAGACAGCACAUUUGAAAACAUUCUAGAACUCAUGCAAAAGCUGCAAGACUUGGGUCAACCUCCAAAAGAGCUUGCUGGAGAGGCACCUCCCGGCUUGAAUUUUGACCCCGAAGCUCUGCACCUUCCUGGAGCACAAGGGCUUCCUGGAGCAGAGCAGUGCUCAGUCAUGUGAUCUCAAUGAGGUCAAAUUUAUGUAUGUUUAAAAACGACACAAUUUGGAGCUAAUUAUCUGAACCUGAAUUGGACACAGUUGAUCAUGCUCCGCUUUUAAAGGAGUUUGCGUUUGUGUCUGCACUGAAACUGUGAACUUCACUACAUUAAUUUUACCUUGUAGUUCUCGUCCACAGAGGUUCUUUUCAUAUUCAUCCCUAAUCCGUUUACUGUAGUCACUGUAGAGCAGCUCCUAAUGUUUUGAGUGAAGCUUGAUAUCUCAGUGUGCCGACGGCUUGGUAAGAAUCAGGUAGUGCGGUGAAGUGUGUUUUGAAGAAGUAGAGACAAAUGCAUGGAGCUCACAGUGACAGGAAAAGUAUUUCCAGUUUAAUUUCACUUUUAAAUCUCAGAAGAAUGGUCAGGGUCUACAAAUAGCUUUCAUCAGAUUGAUGAAAUCAUUUUAAUACAAAGUGUAAUAUCUAUCUAUUCUCACUCUAUAUUGCCACAGUUUCGUUUUUGCGAUUUGAUAACUAAUCAGUGACCAAAAUGGAUCUCUCAGACACUUCAGAUUCAGGUUUAUAGUAUAUCCAUAAUAUCAUUCUGUCACACAUAGGCUGCAUUUGUGUUUGAGUAGAAUAAUUCGCUCUACUUGUGUCUUCUAAUGGUUACUGGAGCGGUUUGAAGUAGUGAAUUGCCGUGUAGAUCUAAAUCAUUCCCAUCAUUCCUGUGGUGGUGCCUCUGUGAUGUGCUGUUGGCAUAAUAGUUCUAAUUUGCCUUGAUUAAAAGAAUAAUGUUUCAUAGUUCAAAAUGAAUACUCUGCAUUAACACUCAAAGAACAUCACCUUAAAUCCCAGGAUACCUAAAAAAAGGUUAAAGUUUGCAGUCAUUUGCUUUUGAAGGGAUGUUUACAUGGUUCUUUUGCGAACAGGUUUGAAUGGGAUCCUUUCACAGGGUCAAUUGUGGAACUGAUCAUCGACUUGCUUUCUCGACACAUGUCAUUGGUUAUAUUUAGUAUGGUAUUUUCAUAAUAUGAAAAGUAUGAGGUGGAUAGAAUGGGUAUGUAGAUGAACGGGACAAUAAUAUUCAACGGUUACAACACUCAGGGGUUGCUCAAACACCCAAGCACUUAAAUCAGCUCAUCAAUAUUCUUUAUCAUGUUAAAUGUUCCCUUAGAUGUACGGAGCAUUGGUCUUGUAUUUACAUGAAAGAACUGCAAUUUGCAAAAAUCCAAAUAAAUGUUAUAAACCUAAA